UAAAGGUAGGGGUAUUUUUGGUAAUUAGCCAUUAGCAGCUGCCGCACACGACGAGAGGAAUAGGGUUGCUUCUGCCGUCGCCGACUUGCCGUUGCCACUGCCGCCGCCGCCAUCGCUGCAAGCGGCAUGAAGACCUUCCCGCUGUCCAGGGGCAGCACCAUCUCCCUCGCCCUCUUCUCCGACGUCUCCAACAGCCGGGAGCUCCUGGACUUGAUGCAGUCAGGGAAGCUGGAGCCGGAGGUCGCUUUUCUCAAUGCAUCAUUGGUGCCGGAUGUGUUCCCUGUCCUCGCGGCAGCGCUUAAGGCGCUGUUGUCGAAGUCGAGGGAGUCACUAACCACAAGGACUCUGCACUCUGAGCUUGUCUACAACUACUCAGGGUCCAAACAUAUAACGGAGUCCCUGAAGCGAUGUGGGAUUUCUGAUGACACAACUUACAUCCUUGCUGCUUGUUUUGAUGCUUCUGACGAGGAGAUGAAGGCAGUGAAGAAGCUCAUCAGUGGCACCGAGAUUGAUCUGGCAGAACUGGAAAGAAGAGCAAACCAGCCACAGAUCUUGAAGCAUUACAAAAUACCUCCCCAAGAACUAUCAAUAUCUACGUUGCCGGACGCAAUUGUAUGCAGGAUUGCUGCUCGAGAUGCUCUCUAAAGUCUCAGUAAUCAUCGUACUUGUGCCACACCUCAAGAUUGAGCUCGAUAUAGGCACCUGAGCCCUCGUAAGCUAUGUAGUUUCAGGAUGUAGCUCUCUCUGUACCACGUGUACUAUGACAGCACAACUAGGAUUAGGUAUCCUGUAUCCGUAAUACCAUUGCUGUUUGCAUUCCCGGUAAGCAAGCUGGAAGCACAUCGCAUCGCAUGGUUAAUUUUUCUUGUUAUGUCUUGAAUUGGAUGAAGCUUAUUGAAUA